UAGACAAAUAUCACUUGCUGUGUCAUAGCACAUGGAUUUCAGGACCGCCUGCGAAGAGACAAAGACAGGGAUUUGUUUGCUGCAGGAUGGUAACCAGGAGCCUUUCAAAGUGCGACUGCACUUAGCCAAAGAUAUAUUGAUGAUCCAGGAGCAGGAUGUGAUCUGUGUGUCUGGUGAGCCUUUCUAUUCUGGUGAAAGGACAGUAACAAUUAGAAGACAAACUGUAGGAGGAUUUGGAUUAAGUAUAAAGGGUGGAGCAGAACAUAAUAUUCCAGUGGUCAUUUCUAAGAUUUCCAAAGAACAACGAGCUGAACUUUCAGGUUUGCUCUUUAUAGGAGAUGCAAUUCUGCAGAUUAAUGGAAUUAAUGUGAGAAAAUGCAGGCAUGAAGAAGUGGUUCAGGUCCUUCGCAAUGCAGGGGAAGAAGUGACCCUAACUGUGUCCUUUUUGAAAAGAGCACCUGCUUUUCUCAAACUGCCACUGAAUGAAGACUGUGCAUGUGCCCCCAGUGACCAAAGCAGUGGCACUUCCUCUCCCCUGUGUGACAGUGGUUUGCAUCUCAACUAUCAUCCUAACAACACGGAUACAUUAUCAUGUUCCUCGUGGCCAACAUCCCCAGGACUUAGAUGGGAAAAAAGGUGGUGUGAUCUCCGAUUAAUUCCACUUCUUCAUUCACGAUUUUCCCAGUACCUUCCAGGAUCAGAUUUGUGCAGGCAAAAUGCGUUCCAAGUAAUUGCUGUGGAUGGGGUUUGCAGUGGAAUAAUUCAGUGUCUCUCUGCUGAAGACUGUAUUGACUGGCUACAAGCAAUAGCAAGUAACAUUUCCAACCUCACAAAGCACAAUAUUAAAAAAAUCAACAGGAAUUUCCCCGUAAACCAGCAGAUAGUCUACAUGGGCUGGACGGAAGAACGGGAACAAGACUCCCUUCAGGAUCGAAUGUAUACACCAAAGUUUCUAGCACUGAGGGGAUCUUCUCUGUAUAAAUUUAUGGCACCUCCAGUCACAACCUGGGAUUGGACACGAGCUGAGAAAACCUUUUCAGUCUAUGAGAUAAUGUGCAAAAUUUUCAAGGACAGUGAUCUACUGGACCGGCGGAAACAUUGUUUUGGUGUCCAAUCUGAAUCUGGAGAAGAUCUUUACUUUUCCGUGGAAUUAGAGUCUGACCUAGCACUAUGGGAAAAAGCAUUCCAGACAGCAACUUUUUUAGAAGUUGAACGGAUACAGUGCAAGACAUAUGCCUGCGUUUUGGAAAGCCAUCUCAUGGGGCUUACCAUUGACUUUAGCACAGGCUUUGUCUGUUUCGACGCUGCAACAAAGGCUGUACUUUGGAGGUACAAAUUUUCCCAGCUCAAAGGUUCUUCAGAUGAUGGGAAGAGCAAAAUCAAAUUCCUUUUCCAAAACCCAGAUAAUAAACAAAUUGAAGCAAAGGAGCUGGAGUUUUCCAACCUGUUUGCAGUCCUUCAUUGUAUCCAUUCAUUCUUUGCAGCCAAAGUGGCUUGUUUGGACCCUUUGUACGUAGGCAGUCAAGCGACAGCUUCUGCUGCUCCCACAACUUCUGGUACUGGCAAAUUAAAGUAUACAACUUGAUAUCUCACAUUACAGCACUGCCAUUUAUCAAAAAGACUUAAUGUAUAGAUAUUCAUAAGAUGUGAAACUUUGGUGAACCAUGUACAUGGAAACCAAUCCUGGAGACAAGACAUCUUGCAGCAUCAGCAGAUAGAUGGUCACGUGGGAUCAUAAACUCAUUUCUGUUCUGCAAGACACCAGUAAAUAAUCCUCGCAGAAUCCCCAGAAUAGGAUGGAUAUGCUUUUAGUAUGAUCUAUUUGUACUUAUUUAGUGCUUUAACCAACACUGGAAGCAAAGGAACAAAUGAUGCAAUGAGGCAUUUCGGUAUUUAAUAAAAUUUUCAAAUUGCAGUAAUAACACACAAAAAGAAUUGUCAUUUUCCUGUUUUCAAAUGUUUUUAUGACAAUAUGCUAAACUCUGAGUAUGAACUUAGUACACAGUGAUUAUAUUAUAAAUGACAUAAGAGAAAGCGACAAGCAGUUAGUACAUAAUGAUGAGGAGAUGAGCAUGAAAAGACAUUUGUGUAAGUAUCUCUUCAAAUAAGAAAGCACUUUAAGCACCGUUGUAAUCCAUACUUCUUUCCGUAUGUGGAGUCAUGGUACUUUUUCUAUUUUAUUCUUUUAGCAUUAGCAGCAAAGAUAUAGCCAUAUUGACUGACACAGUUCAA